UCUCUCUUUGCCGCCGCCUCUGGCGAACGUUGUUCUUCUGAACUCUGUUACUCUGACACAAGCAACGGAAGCUUCCUAGUCAGCCGCGGCACAACAAUGGCUUCCUCGGUCUUUUCUCUGACCUCCACUUCUUUUCCCCACAGCAAGAAAGAUUUGGGUCUCUACGCUUUCGCUUCGACGUCGCCUCUUUCAGCUCGAAAAUGUGAGAGAGCUGUCUCAAGGAGAAUUUCUUGUUCGGUUGUAGCUCCUCAGCAAUCGGAACGCAAAUCUUCCGCCACUGGAUCAGUCAAGACAGCAAUGACGAUGACAGAGAAGAUUUUGGCUAGGGCGUCUGAGAAGCCCCAGUUGAGCCCAGGGGACAAUGUUUGGGUUAAUGUUGAUAUUUUGAUGACCCAUGACGUAUGCGGUCCUGGUUCUAUCGGAAUUUUCCAGAAAGAAUUCGGUGAGAAUGCAAAGGUUUGGGACCGUGAAAAGCUGGUUAUAAUUCCUGAUCAUUACAUCUUCACAAGCGAUGAACGUGCCAAUCGCAAUGUGGACAUUUUAAGGGAAUUCUGCCAGGAGCAAAACAUCAAGUACUUUUAUGAUAUUAAAGAUUUGAGUAAUUUUAAGGCAAACCCAGAUUACAAGGGUGUGUGCCAUGUUGCUCUUGCUCAGGAAGGCCAUUGCAGGCCGGGAGAGGUUCUUCUGGGUACCGAUUCUCACACUUGUACCGCUGGAGCAUUUGGUCAGUUUGCUACGGGCAUUGGUAAUACUGAUGCAGGUUUUGUACUGGGGACAGGGAAGCUUCUGCUCAAGGUGCCUCCAACUCUGAGAUUUGUAUUGGAUGGAGAAAUGCCGCCUUAUUUGCUUGCAAAGGAUUUAAUAUUGCAAAUUAUUGGUGAAAUAACUAUGGCUGGUGCGACAUAUAAGGCUAUGGAGUUUGUUGGCACAACUGUUGAGAGUCUUAAUAUGGAAGAACGAAUGACAUUGUGCAACAUGGUUGUUGAAGCUGGUGGAAAGAAUGGUGUUGUUCCGGCUGAUAGCACGACAUAUAAGUAUCUUGAGGGCAAGACAUCUGUUGCAUAUGAACCACUUUAUAGUGACAACCAAGCUAGGUUUCUUGCCGACUAUAGAUUUGAUGUCUCGAAACUGGAGCCGCUGGUGGCCAAGCCCCAUUCUCCUGAUAACCGUGCUUUGGCAAGAGAAUGCAAGGAUGUAAAAAUUGACAGAGUAUAUAUAGGAUCUUGCACAGGUGGUAAGACGGAGGAUUUCAUGGCUGCAGCAAAAGUUUUUCUAGCUUCAGGUAAAAAAGUAAAAGUUCCGACAUUUCUUGUACCUGCAACCCAGAAGGUGUGGAUGGACUUGUAUAGCAUUCCGGUCCCCGGAUCUGGUGGUAAAACUUGCUCCCAGAUUUUCGAAGAAGCUGGGUGUGACACACCUGCAAGUCCUAGCUGUGGUGCUUGUUUGGGUGGCCCAAAAGAUACCUAUGCCCGAUUAAAUGAACCUCAGGUUUGUGUUUCGACUACAAACCGGAACUUCCCUGGGCGUAUGGGACACAAAGAAGGUCAGAUAUAUUUGGCAUCUCCGUAUACUGCAGCUGCCUCCGCGUUGACCGGUUUUGUCACUGACCCAAGGGAGUUUUUGCAGUAAAUUAUUGUUAUAUCAAUAAUAUUCUUGUAAAGUACGCCUUGGUCAGUUUUGUAUUCUCUAACGUUAAAGACAUUAUUGAUGUUACUUGAUGACCCUUUAGUUUGAGGUAAUCGUUCAUGGUUGUUGUUGAGAGAACGGAUGGAGAUGUUAUUUAUG